AUAUAGGAAAUUAAGGGUAAUCAACAUCGAUGGCUUCCCACUCCAGAGAUUCGAGUUAUGCGGCAACUCCGGCCUCCCCUUUGUUGGGUGACGCCGCCGUAAGACGCCGGUGGUCGUCCACCAAAACCAUCUCCGUCUUGGUCGUGGGGAUGCUAGCCGUGGCAUUGCUGCUCGUGGCAGCGCCGGAUUACAAGAAUGCGAUCUUAAAUGAAAAUAAGGUAGCUUCUUCCCUGCCUCACUCGGCACAGUCCACGACGGCGCGUGGUGUAUUCGACGGUGUCUCCGCCAAGUCAAAUGGCCAUCUAUUGCGGCAGUUUACGUUUUCGUGGGACAACCAGAUGUUGGGUUGGCAAAGAAGCGCAUACCACUUUCAACCCCAAAAGAAUUGGAUGAAUGGUACAAAUUUAUAAUAAAGUUAACACUUUUUUUUGGAACUGAAAUAGGAC